AUCAUGUACAUAUUUUACUAGUAUACACACAGCUACAUAUACAUACACAUAUUUGCUUUUAUAUCUAAUAAUUACUACUGAUGGAUUAAAUUAUUAUAUUUUUAACAUUAUUAUAUUUUUAUCAUCUAUUACUGAUCUAAUUUAGUGUAGUUGUACAUUAAAUGGUUACAGAAAUAUUGUAACCACAAUUAUAUUUAUGUAGUUCAAAAAAUAAUUAAAUUGUUUACAAAUAUAAUUAAACAACAGCAAUAUGUAUGAAAAAUGAUAUGGAUAUGCAUAUACGUGAUACGAAUAUGUAGAUAUAAAAUGAUUUGAAAGAUUUUUAGAUAAAUUUGUCACAAUAAUUUAUGAUAAUAUUAAAAAAUUGAUCUUAACCGUGAUUUUACUUUGCAAAGUUCGGACCGUUCAAACGUUUCUUUUACUUUUAAUCACAAAUUUAUCUAAUUAUUAUCAUUUUAAUAUUAAAAAAUGAGUUCUCGCGGUAAAGUGCAAACUGAGCAAUUAAGAAAAAAUUUAGAAACACAAUUGGACAGACUAGUACAACAAUUAGAAGAUAUAGAAGAAAACCGAAAUCUAUUGGAUGCAGCUGCUUAUGAAGAAGCUAUGCAACUCACAAAAGAAGAUUUACAAGAAUUCAAUGGAAGUUUGCAAAGAAUGAUAUCUGGUGACACAACAUUAGUUGAUCAAUUGGGUGCAAUACAACUGGCAAUUCAAGCAGCAAUUAGCGAAGCAUUCAAGACUCCUGCUGUCAUUAGAAUGUUUGGAAAACGUGAGACAUCACAGCUUAGAGAACGACUAACUCAAAUUGACUGUGAUGUAAAACUUGGAAAACUAAGUAAAGAAACUAGUGAUCAUCAACGUGCGGAGGUAUUAAAUGCAUUAAGACAGCUUGGAGAAAAAUUGGAGCCUCAAGAAUUACAAUUAUUGGAAAAAUUAAUGCUUAAUAACAUUGAUACAACAAGUUAUGUACAAGUAACUGAAAAUAUAGAUAAGGGUCAAAUGGCUAUGGCAGCAGUAGGUGACGAAGUUAAAAUUCAAAAUACUUAAACUUUGAAGUAUAUUUUUAUAAAAAUUUCUUAUUUUUAUUAAAAAUAGUUCAUAUAAAUUGAAAAAGUAAUUAUGAAAAAAGAUUGAAUUAAUAUAUGAUUUCAUAAAGUUAAAUAAUUUAUUACAAAUAAUAUAUAGAUAAUAUUGAUAACUCAGCAUAUAUAGAAAUACAUAUUGAAAUAUGUAUUUUCAAUUUUAAAUAUAAUGUACUGUCACUUAUUGUAAGUGAAUUGGUUGUAACACGAAAAUUUUGUGUUUUCUAUUUUAAUUUCAUGAAUCUUUAUUUUAUUAUUAAUUUUAAUUAAAUUUUAAUGAUUUAAGAUUGAAAAUGUUAACAAUUUUCAUAAAUUCAAUUUUAUAAAUAGAACUUAAAAUAUAUACAUAUAUUAAACAAAUAUACAGUUUUACCAUUUAAUGUAUUUUGUGCAUUAUCAUAUUCGCAUUUAUUUAUUGCAUCAUAAUAUUAGUAGUAUAAUGUAUAUAAAAUAUGUCUGUUCUAUCUUUAUGUAAUAAUAUUUCACAUAAGUUAUUUACGAGAAUAAGGAUACAUUUAUUACGUAUGAUAUUUCGAUUACGUAUGAUAUCACUGAUAUUAAUAUUUAUACAUACUUAUGUUAUACAAAAAUAUUUUAAACAAUAAUAUGAACAGUUACAUAUUUUAUUGAAGUAAAAUUUUAAUAAAUUUUCUUUAGUUGUAUGAGUUUACCAUUCAUAGUAACAAGAUUUUACAUUAAGUAUAUGAUAUUUCAAUAAAUAAUUAAAAUAACAUAACUCAACAUCAAUGUUAAGAUUUUAAACAAAUAUAUAAUGAUCUCUGAUCAGAGA